GAUUGGGUGUUCAAUAUUGAUAAUGAAAUAAUAAUGUUAAAAAUAAGGGCGAAAUCAAAUCAUUAGAAACACUUGUAGAGCCAUUGGGAUUUCGAACAAAUAUAUAUCAGAACAAAACUAUUAACGUUACCUGCCUAUAUGAAUGAUUUCAAUAGCUUUGUGUGAUAAUUACAACGAGAAUUUUUCAUAGAUAACAUUACGGAACGCAGGAAAUGAUCUUGCAAUGGAGUUUGCUGACAAAAUUAGAAUACCGAAGUUGAAUGGAGUUACAAUGAGGGGACCACAUAUAUCCAAUACGAGUACUGGAACACUAGUCAUUACUGGACAUCAUUUAAUUUUUUCAUCAAUAUCUGAAGAUGUUGAACUAUGGAUUUUAAAUCAUAAUAUUGAUAUUGUGGAAAGGAAAUUAAACACAAUUACUUUAAAAUGUAAGGACUUUAGAAUUAUUGUUUUCGAUAUGCCAUAUAUUGAGCAAGCUGCCUCAGUUGCUGCUUCCAUUGAAUCGCUCAUAAUGACAGAUGAAGCAGAUUAUUUGCACCAUGUGUUUUCAAAUAAAACUAAUGAACAUCGUUCUUUAUUUGAUGUACAAUCUCAGUGUGAGAAUCUUGUUGCUGGUGAUUCAAUGUGGAGAAUAUCUCAUGUCAAUAAAUCUUACAGGGUGUGUAGUUCUUACCCUGAAUUAACUGUAGUUCCUUCUAAUGUUGAUGAUAACAUGUUAAUUGCUUCUGCCAAGUUUCGGCAAAAUGGUAGAUUUCCAGUGUUAAGUUAUCGUCAUGAAAAAGGGAGUGUGCUGAUGAGGAGCAGUCAACCAUUAGUUGGAUCUAGUUCAAAACGUUGCAAACAAGAUGAACGUGUUAUAAAUUCUGUUCUUGGGCCUGGAAAAAGAGGAUAUAUAAUUGAUACUCGUAGUGUUGCUAAUGCAACAAAUGCCAAAGCUCGUGGAGGUGGAUUUGAAAUGGAAGCUCAUUAUCCUCAAUGGCGACGAGUUAAUUCAGCUCUUGAACGGCACAAUGUUCUAUUAGAUAGCUUAUCAAAAAUGAUUGAAGCUUGUAAUGAUAUAACAUGUACUAUUGAUCGAUGGCUAAAUAAAUUAAAUGGGAGUGAAUGGCUAUCUCAUGUCAAAGAUACAUUAAAUGCAGCAUGUUUAGUAGCACAAUGCUUAAAUCAAGAGAGAGCAUCGGUAUUGGUACAUGGAUCAGAGAGUACAGAUGCUACAUUAGUAUUAAUAUCUUUAACACAGCUGAUAUUAAAUCCAGAAUGUCGUACAAUUGUGGGUUUUGAAUCACUAAUUGAGAGAGAAUGGCUUCAAGCCGGACAUCCAUUUGAAACACGCCAUAAAAGUGGUUGUUACAAUGCAGCUCGUUCAAAAGUAUCAUCAUCAUCAUCAUCAUCUAAAAUUUUUCAUCAUGGAUCGGGUGCAACUUUUUUAUUAUUUUUAGAUUGUACAUGGCAAAUACACAAUCAAUUUCCAUGUUGUUUUCAAUUUUCAACAAAUUUUUUGUCAUCACUUGUUGAUCAUUCAUAUUGUUCAGAUUUUAGUACAUUUUAUGGUAAUUGUGAGGCUGAUCGGAAAAAAAAUCGUUACGGAAGACCGAAUUUAUGGUCUCAUUUUGAUAAAAAAAUCAAUGAGAUUACUAAUCCUCUUUAUUUGCCUACAAAUAAUGUGAUUUGGCCUUCUGUCGCUCCAUUCAGUAUAGAAUUAUGGCGUGAUAUGUACCUGAGAUGGUCUAUUGAUCAAACACAUCAAAAGAAGUAUAAAAAAUCAAUUGAUGAUUUAGUUAAACGAAACAAGGAAUUAAAAAUGUUGGCCACAAAAUUACGGAAUGAGACUUUCGAGUCUGAUAACAAAUCUACAUAGUUAAUUAAUUGUAUGUUCUAUAUUCAAUACAGGUACCAAAACAAUUAUUUUAUGUUUUAUAAUUUUUUUUUUAUACCAAUUAUUUUUAAAUUAAUUUAG